UGAGCACUUCAUCCACCCAUCUGUUAAACAGCUCCAGGGAUGGGGACUUGACCACCUCCCUGUUCCACUGCUUGAUAACCCUUUCAGUGAAGAAUUUUUUCCUAAUGUCAAAUCUAAACCUCUCCUGGUGCAACUUGAGGCCAUUCCCACUUGUCCUAUCACUUGGGAGAAGUGAUCAGCACCCGCCUCGCUACAACCUCCUUGAAUCAUAGAAUCAUAGAAUAGUUAGGGUUGGAAGGGACCUUAAAGAUCAUCCAGUUCCAAACCCCUGCCAUGAGCAGGGACACGUCCCACUGGAUCAGGUUGCUCAAAGCCCCAUCCAACCUGGCAGCCAUAGACAGUGAUCAGAUCUUUACGGCCCAAAGGAUUUUGGGAUGAUGUGACCCCAGGGGAUGCAGAGGCAAGAUGUGGAGUAAGGAUGCAGAGGGUGAUACGGAGAGGGGAUGUGGAGGGGGGAUCAUAGAAUAGUUUGGGUUGGAAGGGACCUCAGAGAUCAUCCAGUUCCAACCCCCCUGCUAUGGGCAGGGACACCUCCCACUAGAUCAGGCUGCCCAAGGCCCCAUCCAACCUGGCCUUGAACACUUCCAGGGAUUCUCAACUGAUGCAGCAUAACUUCAUUCUUUUAAUUUCUGACCAUACUAUAUACAUGUUGGUAAGCCAGCUUGUGGACAGAUUUAGAAUCAUAGAAUCACGGAAUGGUUUGGGAUGUGGAGAGGCAUGUGGAAGGUGGAAGAGGAGUGGGGAUGAGGAGAGGGGAUGUGGAGGGGGGGAUCAUAGAAUCAUAGAAUAGUUUGGGUUGGAAGGGACCUUAAAGAUCAUCUAGUUUCAACCCCCUGCGAUGCAGAGUGGGAUGCGGAGGGAGGAUGUAGAGGGCGAUGAGGAAGGAGGCUGCGGAGAGGGGCUGCGGAGGGGGGAUGCAGAGAGGAUGGAGGAGGAUGCGGAGUGGGAUGCGGAGAGAGGAUGGAGGAGGAUGCGGAGGGAGGAUGCGGAGGGAGAUGCCCGCAGGCACAGCGCUCCCUCGCCUCCCCCCUCCCUCGCCCACCCAGCGGGCGGAGGACGUGCGCGCGCUCCCGUCCCGUCGCGGCGGGUCCCGCCCCUCCCGCAGCCCGCGGGGAGGCUCCGGGGUGGGGGGGCGCUCCCCGCCCGGUCCCGCGCCGGGGGCUUCGGAUAAAGCCGUGCCGUCCCGGGCUGCCGGCACCGGGGCGCCCCGGCAUGGCGAGCCCCGCACACCCGCGGCGGGAGGAGGAGGAGGAGGAGGGAGAGGAGGAGGAGGAGGAGGAAGAGGAGGAGGAAGGCGCGGCGGCGGGCGAAGGCUGCUGCGGGAAGUGCAAGAAGCGGGUGCAGUUCGCCGACUCGCUGGGGCUGAGCCUGGCCAGCGUGAAGCACUUCAGCGAGGCGGAGGAGCCGCUGCGGCGCCCGCAGAGCCCGCCCGGCGGGGUCCCCGCUUCGGCGCUGCCCGAGCCGCCCGAGCUGCCCGAUCCCAGCGCCGAGCGGCUGCGGCGCCAGCGCGUCUGCCUGGGGCGGCCGCCCGCGCCCCCCGAGCUGCGCGGCACCGUGCGGGUGCUGGGCUGCCCCGGCGCCAAGGAGGUCACGGUGCGAUACACCUUCAACGAGUGGCUCUCUUUCGUCGACGUCCCCGCCCGCCCGCUGCCCCCCGUCCCCGGGGCGGCUCCGGACCCGCUGGCCGAGCGCUUCGGCUUCGCGCUCUGCGUCCCGCCCGGCCUCGGCGAGGGCUGCGCGCUCCACUUCGCCAUCCGCUACCGCAGCGCCCAGGGCGAGUUCUGGGACAACAACGGCGGCCGCAACUACACGGUGCGGUGCUGCCCCGCCGCCCCCCGCCGCUGAGAACCCCGCCGCCCCCCUGGCUGCCGCUCCCCGGGUGAUGCUGCGCGGGAUCGCUUUGCCGUGGCUCGUGGGAUCCAUUUGGUUUGAGAGGACGAGGAGACUGAGUGGUGUGGGCUUUCCCCCGCUUGAAGUGAACUUUUGAGGUCUUGAUUUGGGCUUGGCGUCACUCACCCGAGUAGUCAGAGAUGCAUGGAGCACUUGUGUGAAAACUUAACUGCGUGUUCUCCACAGAAUUUAACUUAGCAUCCCAGCUUUCCCUUUCUCGCAUCCGCGUUCUCCACAGAUUUAACCUAGCAUCCCAGUUUUCCCAUUCUCGCAUCCAUAUUCUCCACAGAACUAACUUAGCGUCCCAGUUUUUCCAUUCUUGCAUUCUUGUUCUCCACAGAACUAACUUAGUGUCCCAGUUUUCCUGCUCUCGCAUCCGUAUUCUCCACAGAAUUUAACUUAGGAUCCCAGGUUUCCCAUUCUCGCAUCCAUGUUCUCCACAGAAUUUAACUCAGCAUCCCCGUUUUCCUGUUCUCGCAUCCGUGUUCUCCACGGAAUUAACUUAGCAUCCCAGUUUUCCCGUUCUCGCAUUCAUUUCAGAGACAUAGCACUGCGACAGCGAUGGUGUGCUUUGUUAUUUCUUUAGUUCAAUGGACUCCAUAACGAUACAGUUCACUGUUGGGAGCACCUGUCAAACUCAGCCCACCUUUGCCGUGCCCGUUGCAGCUCUGAUCAACAGGCAGUUGGAUUGAGGAUGGAUCUGGUCCUGGACUGGGUGGCUCUGUGUUUUGUCAUUCAGCACACUUGGAUACUGCUCCCCGCCUUCCCCAGGCUCGUGCGUAGAUUCCGUCUGGCUAAUAGCAGCCAACAGGGACUUCUGCAGAACAUUUUUGCUUAAAAUAGACUGAUCUGAUAUUUGGAUGACCUUCUCACUGAGGAGUGACAAUGCGAUACAGAGAGGGUGUCGUCAGUAACGGAUGAAAAAAACCAAGUGCCUUAGUUCAGCUCUCCUUGUGUUACAUUUUGCACCACAUUUCUCAAUUAUUUAUAAUUUAUUCAGCUUAUUUUGCUACAUAUUUUUCAAUAUUUGUAUGUUGUCGGGAAAGCGGUUUACUGAGCACACCGUUGGACUGUUCUAUAGUCUUCACUCUUGCAUUGCAAGCCUAGAGGUUGACUACGACGGGUGUCCCAAGUCCUGAAAUUAAGCAAAAGGUACCAAUGAAAAUGGGUUUGUAAGAAUAAAAAAAGCUUUAAAAAAAAGUUAAAAAGCUCACCAUUCAAAUCUUUUUUUUUCUAUAUAGCAAAACGUAACAGGAUACUUCCUGGUUUUGCAAGCUGGCGGUGCCGCUACCCUGACGUGUGCGGAGCAGAGGGCAUCGAGGGGAUUGUGAGUGUGCCUCACGAUAACCAGGUGUGUUGCUGGUCCGUAAGGGGCAUUUAGGGCUGUGGCCAAAAAUGGCUGUUGUCCUGAGAGCCACAGGGCAAAUCGUCCUGCAAGUAUGUGACGGGCCCGUAAGCUCUUGUAAUAAGCACCUUGCGCAGAGCUGCGAUGUGAGAGUGCUUUACUAGCAUGGGUGGAAAACGGGCAGGUUCUGGUUGAAUUUUGCUCUGGCUCUUCUGUGGCUUUGACUCUGCUUGUUUUCUUCUGAUACAGUAUCUCAAAAUUCGGGUUAGUAUUUUUUUAGAUAAAAAAUAAGUGGAAAAUCAUAAAAAGGCAGAAAAUGUUCUGACACAGAUGUAUGUUCUUCAGCAAGACCUUGGGCAAUUAUUUUCCGUUCAAAAACAGAGCAUACUAUUGAGUUUUCUCAGGUCUUUAUUUCCUGUGACGAUAUAAAACAUCUCAAAGCCCACUAUAAGCACCAUAGAAAAAUUUGCAUGUCUAUAAAAUUCCUUAUACUUUAAAACAAGUUUUUAGAUAACCUGCCUCGUGAGAGAGAUGAUACAAAAUCAGAGAUAGAAACACGGGGCUCCCUGGGGAAAAGAUAGGGAGCUUCAGACUGAAGUUCCUGCGGUUUUGAAAACAUGCACUCUGCUUCUGAAACGCAGCCAGCCCUCCCUCUCCACUAAAACCCCAUACAUUACCAUAGCAUGAGAAUAUGGUCAAAUAUAAAGAGAGGUUUAAUUCCUUCAGAAACCAUCUUGCUGUUAGACUAGUACUAAUCUCUUUGAAAAUACACAGUAAAAGUCCACGCACGCAAGUGGAAAGAAGUUCUUAUUGUUGUUCUCCAAGUUACAUGUAAACUCUUGCCAAAAGCGUGAAAGGUUUUAAGAAAGAGCAAUGAAAUCUGCUACUGCCCUACAUAAAUUUGUUUUAAAACUAUCGUGCAUUACAGGAUUACAGGAUAUUACACGGAAUAAUCUGGUAUGAAUUUGCCUUUAUUCAGAUAAGUCGUUUCAAUGAAAUAGCAUGCUCUUAAGCUGAUACAUGUGAUACUAACAGCAUUAAGAUUGAUGCUUCAUUGAAGUACAAUGUAAUGUUUGUGGCUUCUGGAGCCUAUUCCUUAUUCUGUGAUUUGUUUAUUAAUUGCUUCAGAGAAGGAAACUUUGCCAAAAAUGGGAGGGGAGAAUAUAAAGGAGUGGCUGUAUUCUGAUGGCUGUGCCUGGGCAGAGGUGCAGAGCUGGUACCUUCAAGAAUCCCAGCUGGCUGUGCUUCUUGAUAGAGGGCUAGAAAGGUUCUCUGGCACAUUGUGAACUAUGAGUAAGGGGUGUAAGACAUCCAAUUUCAGAACAUGUAACAUUUACGUGUUCUCUUCAGACACGUUAUGUGAAAUUCAAAACACAAGAAACUAUUUCCUGAGACUAAACGUUAAAAUUCUUUUGAAUGAUUCAGAAAACCAGUGCCAAUCUAAAAUCCUGCAAAUUGUAAUAAUUAAAGCACAACAGUUUUUGUGUGUUGAUAAUAGGUGAAGUGCUGUUAUUUAGAAUUACUUUUUGUGAAUGAAAAGGGCCAACCUCUCUCAGAUGAGGAUCAAACAUACUCCCUUUUUAAUAGACAGUCCUUUUCUGAGCUUUUAUGAUGUUAUAGAAGCAGAGAUUUCCAAAGCAGGUUUCAAAGACUGCCUACACACAGUUCUCUGUACUUUCAUGGAUGAGGUUACUGGCAGCUACAGAAAUGCCAGACCUUAGCAAAGAUUAUAUUGGGCAGUAGUGUAAAAAUCAGAUCUGGACCACGCGUGUACUGAACGCCAGCAAACCCACAUCAGCAAAGCUGCUGCUCGUGGUCAUAGGUUGAGAUAUGGCAUUAUUGCAACCUUAUUCUCAAAUAAAUAUACUCAAAAUGAAGCAGCUAAGUGAAGCACUCUUCUUGCUUGUUUGCAUUACUGUUAAUGUAGUAUUUUAUGAAGAUUCAGAGCAUAACUUUCGGAGGAUGUACUCCUAAAUGUCCUCCCUCCCCUAACUUAACAGAUGAUAAAUCUUUGCUAGCACUCAGAAAAACUCCAGCUUCAAGAUUUUCAUUUUAUGCAUAUUUCCAUUUUCUCCAUGGAUUAAGGGCUUAUGGGAGAAAUGGCUGCCAAGUGGUUUUAAGGUGCAUAUAAACCCAAAAAGUUUAAUGUAGUUGAAACUUUACAGCACGUAACUGUGAAAGACAUCAAAGUUAAAUCUUCCUUAAGCAAUUUUUUUGCCGCUUACACUUACAUUUAAAUUGAGAUUUAAAUGAUUCAGAAAAGGACUGUGAAGCUAAAUUUAGUUUAGUGUCAUGAGGAGCUGCAAACUUGCAUGCAAACUACUUCUGUUUUAUUUAAAACUGGGGCUUUCAGUCAGUACUUGAAAAGCCUGGCUUCUGCUCCCAUUGGCUUCCCAGGGAUUUGGAUCCAGCCCAAAGUACUGCAGGAAGGUAGGGGAAAUGAUCUAGCUUUAAUUGUCUAUUCUGUUCAGAGUCUUGUCUAAUGGGGUUAGGAUAAUAUGGCACUGUGAUGAAUGUUCAUCUGUCAAAGAGUUCAAAAUCUGCUGUCUAUGUGUGGCAGUAAUUAAAUCACCUUAAUUGUUUUUCAUGAUUAUUUUCAAGAGAGGGAAAAUUACUUGCCUUAGAUUAGCAUAUUGCCAGAGACUGGUAUAAAUAUUUAUGGAGUGCACUCUUUCAAUAGAAAGCCUGUACAUUCUUCACAGGUCUACAUAGUUGUCUUACUGCGAACGCAGAAGAACAGUCAUUUGAAUGCACUACUUACCAUCACUUCCCUCUCUUGUAAAGCCUCAGUAGCUAUCAGGCUUAACAGUAGAAAAGGUAAGUAGUUUAAAAGAAGCAUCCCUCGCAACACACUGAUGAUACUUCAUUUCCCGUGUAAGCUGCAGAAUCCUUUGAAGGUGCAUUUCUGUAACAGGUUUGACAGUUCCAAAUGUUUUCCUCUCACAGCUGUAGAAAAUACACAGUGCUGGAAGAAUUAUUGGUGUCUCUCUCUUUUUUCUUGCUUCCACAUAAAGGGCUCAUGCACUAUUUUUAUAUUCUAAAAUACUGAAAAAAAGAAAAAGUAAGAAUGCAAACUCUCGAUAAAAGAGCUACACGCCUUCCUUAUUUUUUUAUAAAGGUCAUCAAGAAAAACAUACCUAAGAGUAUGAAAUAAUUAUGCCUGUGUUAAGAACCGUGGAACAAAGCGAUCGGUACAUUCUGGACGUGAAUAAUGCCAGGAUUUCACUGUAGAACAUUAUGGAAAACUCAGGAAAACAGUCAGCGCACAGCUCUUUCAUGACUCUGUUGAUGUGUACGUAUGGUCCUUGCUGGGUGUCUAAGAGAUGCGUUUAUAUAGCAUGACGGGAACUAUACGUUGAGGUACUUGUGUUUCUCCAUGAAAUUAUUCUUCUGCCUGCUGAUAUUGGAGAGUGAAAGUAGUGCUUUUAAUGCCUGGGAACUUGGUGAAGUUUUAUAUAGAAAUAGUCUUCUAGAAAUGUGGCUAGUAAGUUAAAAUCCUCCUUGGCCUGUUUCAGCGUUGUAUGUAAAGUGUUCACAUGCUGCUCUCUUGGGUUGCUUUCCUCCAGGACGGCCACACCUCUUACAGGUGUGGGCAUUUUGAAACCGAGCUUUCAGUUGCAGUAAAAUCUCCUGAGAAGUUGUAAUACGCAAGAGGAAUUGCCUGCCCUUUAAAUAGUUAUGAAUAUUAAACAAAUUGUUGUUAGUUUUCUCUCAAAGUACUGUUUCCAAGUUUAUCCUGCAAAAGUCAUGGCAAACUUCAGUAUAUGUAAACAUAAAAAUGUUUAUGUAUACUGCUGAGGCUAAUAGUUUGCUAACAUGUUGGGGUCAGGAAGAGACAUUUUUUGCUAUAAUACAAAAACAAGCUUGUUUUUGCUAAGAUAUUGCAGCUUUGGAUAUUUAUUGAGCUCCCUUCUAUUCUAAGGAAAAAGUAUAUACUUUUUAUAAUAGUGGACAUUGUACGUAAGUCACAGGAUCAUUCCUUUGUGUUUUAACUAUUCCUGUUGUUUACACUGCUUUGGCAAAAUCCAACAAAGCUCCUGACACUGUGCCAAGAGAGAGAUUUAAUGAGUAUUGCAACGUAAACGGAACUGGUUGAGCACAGAAGGUGCAGCUGUAAGAGCCAGCAACUCUGAGGCUGGACCACAGUGCCAGCUCUCCCGUUUGCUGUCUCCAUCAGUGACAGGAUGCCUAGCCAAGAGUAAAGACAGGGCAAGUGGAUACAAACAUAAUACUAAAGUCUUCCCAACCACCAGCGGUCAGAGAGAGAAUCUGGGUGGUAAUCUUCAAAGCAGGGGCAGAUGGCAUAAAUUAGGAGAGCAGUGGUGUUGUAUCUACCAUGUAAAAUGUAUCUACAAUGUAAAAAAGUAGUAAAAAUGUUAGUGAUGGAGUAGUCACUCUUCACAAAUUAGUCCUGCAAUAUUUAUAAGGAUGUUUGUUUCCUAGCAUACAUUCUCAGAACUUGAAUUGGUAUGCAGUGAUUUUUCCAGUAAUUUCACCGUUUUAAACAAGGAUUUUGCAUGCACUGUUUAAGGAACCAAGUUCCUUAGAGUGUAACACUGGCAGCCCUUCCAAUCCUGUGUCCUCUAAAAGUGCAAGAUGUAAUUACAUUUCUUGUAGUUUGCUGGAAGCUUAAAUAGUAAUCAAACCUUUCUUACCCUACACUUUCACCAUUAACUUAAGUGCACUUAAUUAUCCAGUUGUGAGUGUGGGGAUUUGAAUUACAGAAUGUAAUGUAUUUUUACCUAUGAGAAUAAU